CAGUGCGCGUCUGUCCGCGGCCAUGGCAACAUCAACAGGCAACGGACUGAGGACCAGACAAAUGUAAAAUUGCCUUGAAUAAAGGACUCAUGGCCUGAUAUCAGCAGCUCUCAAACCAGCAUCUCUGAACUCCAGUCGUGUUGAAGAAAGGUUCUGAUUUCUCUCACAUCAUGAAUCUGACUGAGAUUUGUGACAAUGCUAAGAAAGGAAGAGAAUACGCACUGCUGGGGAACUAUGACUCUUCCAUGGUGUACUAUCAAGGGGUUAUACAGCAGAUCCAUAAGCACUGUCAGUCCCUCAGAGAUCCUGCACAGAAAGUCAAAUGGCAACAGGUACGGCAGGAACUGGCAGAGGAAUAUGAGCAGGUGAAAAGCAUUGUAAGCACCCUGGAGAGUUUCAAGGUGGACAAAGCGGUUGAUUUCCCCAACCCUGUGCCUGAGGAGGGCCCGAGGGACCCUGAUGUGUGGCCUCCUCCAACCCCAGCGGAGCACAGAGGACCUGUCCAGGUAAAGAAACCGGUCCCUUUAUCAAAGCCCCAGAGGAAAGAGUCUCCCGGGAUGCAGCAUCGUGGACCUGUGGGCAGAGGUCAGCCCAACAUUAAACCUGACAGACCCAACACCCGUGACGGACGUGGAAAUAAGGCUAAGGAGGAAAAGAGUAAGAGAAAUGCUCAGGAGGGCGCUGCUGAUGUGGAACAGAAGAAGUUUGAUGGCACAGGAUAUGACAGCGAUCUGGUGGAUGCACUGGAGAGAGACAUUGUGUCGCGCAAUCCAAAUAUCCAUUGGGAUGACAUAGCAGAUCUGGAAGAUGCCAAAAAGCUGCUGAGAGAGGCAGUGGUCCUGCCCAUGUGGAUGCCAGACUUCUUCAAGGGGAUCCGCCGCCCGUGGAAGGGUGUGCUGAUGGUGGGGCCUCCGGGCACUGGGAAGACCAUGCUGGCGAAAGCGGUUGCUACUGAAUGUGGCACAACAUUUUUCAAUGUGUCGUCCUCCACACUGACCUCAAAGUACAGAGGCGAGUCUGAGAAACUGGUGCGGCUCCUCUUUGAAAUGGCCCGUUUUUAUGCCCCUACAACCAUUUUUAUCGACGAGAUCGACUCUAUAUGUGGCAGACGCGGCACAUCAGAUGAACACGAGGCGAGUCGCAGAGUCAAGUCAGAGUUACUGGUGCAGAUGGACGGUGUAGGAGGCACUCAAGAGAGUGAAGACCCCUCUAAAAUGGUGAUGGUCCUGGCAGCUACCAACUUCCCCUGGGACAUCGAUGAGGCUCUGAGGAGACGACUAGAGAAGAGGAUCUACAUCCCGCUGCCCACUGCUAAAGGCCGGGCAGAGCUGCUGAAGAUCAAUCUGAGAGAAGUGGAAGUGGCGUCUGAUGUGGAUCUGACCAUCAUCGCUGAGAAGAUUGAGGGUUAUUCGGGUGCUGACAUCACCAACGUCUGCAGAGAUGCGUCGAUGAUGGCGAUGCGCAGGAGGAUCCAGGGUUUGAGUCCUGAGGAGAUUCGAGCUCUUUCUAAAGACGAGCUGCAGAUGCCGGUCACCAUGGAGGACUUUGAGCUCGCUCUCAAAAAGAUCUCCAAAUCUGUCUCGGCGGCCGAUCUGGAGAAAUACGAGUCCUGGAUGUCUGAGUUUGGGUCGGUGUGAAGACAAACCACUGCUACAAGAUAAGUGUGAAUGUGGGAGAACACACUAUGGACCAAUACUUAAGGGGGAAAAAAAGGCACGGUUUAAUGUCUGUAGAGACUUUUUAAAGUGCUACUGAAAACUAGUGGAACCGGUGUUCAGAUGCGUUUGGGCACGUUUGGACUGAGAGAAGUCGCACCUUUAAUUGUCAGAAAUGCACUACUGAUCUGUGUUCGACACGGAGCUACCUUUACAUGUUUCUAGUAUCUCAGUUUCAAGACAUUUCUAACUUCAUUCUCCGCUAACAGAUGGAAAUCGGCUGAGUUGUCUUAAGUUUCAAUUCUGUGAAAAUAAUACUUGACAAGGGGGAGCAGCAUAAUCUUGGUACUGUGCUGGAUGGUUUUUUUAUGUUUAGACGUGUUAUGUUCUUAAGUGUUUUAUUUGAUAAUUAUAAUAAAUUAACAUUUAUU